AAAUUGUAUUGAAAGUGUGUGUCGUCAACCCAUAUUUGUUUCUCUGCUGGCCAGCUCGUGUGUUUUGGUGUUAGUGAAAAAAUGGCAGAUGAUGAGAAGUUACCGUCCGGAUGGGAGAAGCGCAUGAGCCGUAGUUCAAGUAGGGUGUACUACUUCAACCACAUCACCAACGCCAGCCAAUGGGAGCGUCCGGGUGCAGGGGAGGGGGGCGGGGACCCAGACAAGGUGCGCUGCUCUCACCUGCUGGUGAAGCACAACCAAUCACGUCGCCCGUCCUCCUGGAGGGAGGAGAACAUCACCAGGACCAAGGACGAGGCGCUGGAGCUCAUUCAGAAGUACAUAGAGCAGAUCAGGUCAGGAGAGGAGGAGUUUGAGGCUCUGGCAUCUCACUUCUCUGACUGCAGCUCUGCCAGGAACGGAGGAGACCUGGGGCUGUUUGGACACGGCCAGAUGCAAAGGGCGUUUGAGGAGGCCUCGUUCGCUCUGAAGGUAGGGGAUAUGAGCGGUCCUGUCUUCACCGACUCAGGAGUGCACAUCAUCCUCCGCACUGGUUGAGCCUGUCGCCAUGACGAAGCCACACCUCCUGGCCCUGCCCUCAAGAACUCUGGCCCCGCCCACCCCACACACACCCUUCUGGGCCCUGCCCCUUCCCCUCUUGGCCCCUCCCUCUAUCUUCAUGCAAGGUUCUUAAACCCUUCCUUCAUUUAACCCUCGUCCCUCCUUCCCUCACUCUCUCCCUCCCUCUCUCCAUCAUCCUGCCCUCUUGACUUAAACAUUCUACACCUUUUACCAGAUUACCGCCCCGAAGAUAGUUGCCAUGCGGUAUGUAUGUGUGUGUGUGUGUGUGAGAGAGAUCAUGUGGACCAUGCCCCUCCCCUUUCCCAUUGCCUCACCAUCUCCUUUUUCCUUUGUCUUCCUGUACUCCUCUACCUCUCAUCUUCUUCUCUCUUUCCUUCUAGUCCUCUUCUCUCUCUCUUUCCUCCCCUUCCUGCUUCUACCCGCCCACCAUUAUCACUGUAGUCUCCCCACCAAACCAACCCUGUAAGCUCCUCUCUCCGUGGGGAGAUAAGAUACCACAUACCAGAGUGCAUGCUCUUGUGUUUCUGCAUAGGAACUGUUCAUCCUCAAUAAUUAAAGGACUCUUAUUUUGUAAA